GCAUGAGAUCACCGUGGCACAGCUGCAUGUAUAGUCACUCUUGAAGCAAUUACACACGUAAUUGGCUGGCAAUCUUGGCAUUUUCAAAAUAAACACAAGCCUUUUAAAGAAAGGGGACAUAUUUAUGUAUGAAUAGUCAAAUAAACUUGUUGGGUGUCAUCAAUGGAGCCGUCUGGCACUGAACAGUUGUCUGAUGACCCUGAUCCUGGAGGCAAAUCCCAAGAUCAAGAGACCAAAAGACAACAUGAAUCAGAGCAAAAAUUAUCCAAAAUAACGCAUAAUGCUUUGGAGAACAUUAAUGUCAUUGGUCAAGGCUUGAAGCACCUGUUCCAGCAUCAGCGCAGGAGGUCGUCUGUUUCUCCACAUGAUGUCCAGCAAGCUCAGGCUGAGCUGGAGCCUGACCUGGAUUUGGAAAGCCAAAGCGUCUGUGCUGAAAUUGAUGGUGUCUCCACCCACCCCACAGCUCUGAACCGGGUGCUUCAGCAGAUCAGAGUGCCACCCAAAAUGAAGAGAGGGACCAGCCUGCACAGCAGGUGGGGCAAGGGAGAUGCCCCGAAAGGAAGCCCGCAGAUCAACAGAAGGUCUGCUCAGGAUAUUCAAUCGGGUCGGCCCAGAUCAUCAUCCACUACAGAUGCUCCCACAAACUUGUCUGUGAUGGAGAUUGCUUCUUCUAUCUAUGUAGGUGGAGAAGAGGCCACAGCAGCAGCAAUUGAGCGAUUGGAAGUCAGCAGCUUGGCGCAGACCUCCAGUGCCGUGGCCUCCAGCACUGAUGGCAGCAUCAAUGCAGACUCUGUUGAUGGGACCCCAGAUCCGCAGCGGACAAAAGUGGCCAUCACACACCUGCAGCAGAAGAUACUGAAGCUGACAGAGCAGAUCAAAAUUGAGCAAACAGCCCGUGAUGACAACGUGGCAGAGUACCUGAAAUUGGCCAACAAUGCAGACAAGCAGCAGAGUGCCCGCAUUAAGCAAGUGUUUGAGAAAAAAAAUCAAAAGUCAGCCCAGACCAUCUUGCAGCUGCAGAAGAAACUGGAACAUUACCAUCGAAAGCUGCGAGAGAUUGAACAGAAUGGGAUCCCUCGGCAGCCAAAGGAUGUCUUCAGGGAUAUGCAUCAGGGUUUGAAAGAUGUUGGAGCAAAAGUCACUGGCUUCAGUGAGGGAGUGGUAGACAGUGUAAAAGGUGGACUUUCCAGUUUCUCCCAGGCCACACAUUCAGCAGCAGGAGCUGUGGUUUCCAAACCCCGGGAGAUUGCCUCCCUCAUAAGGAACAAGUUUGGGAGUGCAGACAAUAUUGCUAAUCUGAAAGACUCCUUAGAAGAAGGCCAGGAAGAUGGGACAGGUGGCAAGGCUCUAGGUGUUAUUCAGAACUUUCAGUCAAGCCCAAAAUAUGGCAGUGAAGAGGAUUGCUCCAGUGCCACAUCAGGCUCGGUGGGAGCCAACAGUACAACAGGGGGCCCUGUGGGAGCUUCCAGCUCCAAAACAAACACUCUGGAUAUGCAGAGCUCAGGGUUUGAUGCAAUACUGCAUGAGAUUCAAGAAAUUCGAGAGACACAGGCAAGACUGGAAGAAUCAUUUGAGGACCUUAAGGUUCGCUACCAGAGGGAUUACACGUUGAUAAUGCAGACCCUGCAGGAGGAGCGGUACAGAUGUGAAAGACUUGAAGAGCAGUUAAAUGACCUGACUGAGCUCCACCAGAACGAGAUCCUCAAUUUAAAACAGGAGCUGGCCAGCAUGGAGGAAAAGAUUGCCUAUCAGUCUUAUGAGCGAGCCCGGGACAUCCAGGAGGCACUGGAAGCGUGCCAGACGCGCAUCUCCAAGAUGGAGCUGCAGCAGCAGCAGCAGCAAGUGGUGCAGUUGGAGGGGCUGGAGAAUGCCACGGCCAGAAACCUUCUGGGGAAGUUCAUCAACAUCUUGCUGGCUGUCAUGGCUGUCCUCCUCGUCUUUGUCUCCACCGUGGCCAACUGCGUCGUGCCCCUGAUGAAGACUCGCAAUAGGACGUUCAGCACUUUAUUUAUAGUGGUUUUCAUUGCCUUUUUGUGGAAGCACUGGGAUGCCAUCACCGGCUACUUGGAACGAUUCUUGUCUCCCCCCAGAUGAUGGUGGCAGGAAUGGGCUGCGCCGCUCCCUCCUGGCGCUCUUGGUGAGCAAGUGUGGCAAAGAUUAGUCAGAACUACUCUGCUGAAGUUUUAAAGUGUCCGAGUGAAUUUGUUUACAUUUAGAAUAACGUUUUUUCUCUGCAAGAUGCAUUGCAAUAGUAUUUUUUAGAUUUUAUUCAAGAACUCUUUUGGCGAGAAUCCUGGAUAAUUUUUAUGUAGCAUGGUUCUCUUUGGAUGCAAAUCUUAAGAUUCUUUAAAGUGUACAAAAGAAAUGAAUAAAAUACAGAAAUUUGGAGCAUACCAAUGGGCAAUUUAAAUUGUGGCUUGAACUACUGUACUAAACCUGUCAGGAAGAAGAGAACGUGGUUAGCUUAAGAUGAGCAAAGCUCAAAAUAGUGCACAGCCUUGAAUGAUGGUACCACAGCAAACCAGUAACACUAAACUUUUACUGUGAAGUCUGCUCACAUUCCAUGUCCAAGUGUAUGCGUUGAGUGGUUUCUUUCCUUAACAAGAGAAAAACAACAACGUGUGGAUCCCUCUCCCAGCUCAGCAUCUGGGUUCGCCGUUUGUGUUAACCUGACUUCAGUAACUUUCUGUAAGGCUGGCUAACUUGGCUGAGUAUAUGGAGUGGAAGCCUCAUGCCAUACACAGUAACUGCACAGUUGUGCUACAGUAUUUUGAAGUAGUCCUUGAAAUAUACUCUUUAAGCAGAAGCCCUUGGUCGCACUUUUAAGGUUUUUUUUAAUAUAUGUAUAUUCACAGAUUUAAAAAAAAUCCAAACAGCAUACUUGAAGAGUGUAAUACUCAAACUCUCAGUGCUUCCUUAUUGUUUCUAAUAGGAUUUUUUAUUAUUAUUAUAAUUAUAAUUAUUAUUAUUAUUAUUAUUGGGGUUUUUUUUUUGAAAGGGUUGGGAGGGUCAUUACUUUUUUUCUUUCAAAUAAAGAAGUGAUGUUUUUAAAUGAAGAAAUGCGUGAAUAAUUGUGAGCCGUCUUGUCCUGAAGCAGUUCUGAGGAGGGCAGAGAGUAGUUUCUAGUGUCAGCCUGUCGAAUGCAGCACUGUCCAUAUGCCAUUUGUCUGUCCUCCUGAGCUUAAAGAUGCAGCAUCAUGAAAAGCAUCUGUCUUCUCCACACCUUUUUGUCAUGCAGGGCUUUUGUUUCUUUUUCCACAUGUGAAGGAUGGUAUGUUUGUAUUUUUUGUUUGCAUUUUAGCUCUCAUUCCUGGCCUCAGGAUAAGAGCAAGGAAUUUCUGUUCAUCUCUUCCUAGGGAAAAGACAGGUUCUUUUGAGGAAAGAAAUACUGACUCAACAGUUCACUUAAUAGAAUGGUUAUCUCAAAAAUAGUUUUAUUAAAAAAAAAAAAAAAACAAACCCUGAAAAGUGAAACCAAAAUUUUCCUCCUGUUAGGCUCUGGUAAGAUUCCAUGUCGGUAUCUGUGGUGUGCCAUCCUCUUUUUCAGCCACAGGGGCCAACACUUGGUGCAGACACAUUUGUAAAUCUCGAAAGGAAACAUCAGCUUCAAAUGUAACCCCAAGUCCUCACAAUGUGCAAUUGCUGGUGACCUGUUGGUACAGGCAGGCAGCCCUCAAGUCCAAGGAAUCUGUGUUCAUUCUGUGCUGAUUUUUAACUGCUGUCCCUUUCACCAUAACAGUGCCACAAUUCAUCUUUUGUCUUCAUGAAAUCUAAAAAAAAACCUCCAGGAUUCUGUCAAAACCACUUACAGUGUUUAGUUAGGUCUUACUGUUUUCCUUCAUUCCAGGAUCAACUUCCCUCUAGGAAUCAGAUGUUGCCCAAGUGACCCAAACCAGUUGAAAUCUGCCCAUACAUAGGCAUGUAUGAGACAUGUACAACAUACAUAUAUACACAUAAAUGGGCAUUGUGCUAUGAUGCAGAUUCUGGGUUCUGAGAAAUUCCCUCAAACAAGGUUAAUACCUUGAGUGUUUUCUGAUUGCCAGCAAAGGCAAGCCCUCCACUGUCCAACCAUCUUUCUUCCUCCAAGGGUUCUUUUUUUCUGUAGUCACAGGAAACUCAGGUGCCCUUCCCCCAGGGAUCCCAGUACACCUCUCUGUCACCAUGUGCACUAAUCUGCUCCUGUCCUAAUUAAAACAAAGAUUGCCAUUUACAGCUGACUCAAGCCAAAACUGCUUGUGCUUUCUGCAGUGCCACAGCCAGAGCAGAGGUGCGUGGCCAUUCCCUCCCUUGCUUCUGGCUCCAGUGAGGCUCUUCUCUAGUGACUCACAAUUCUUGGCUAACUAUCAUCUUCCCAUUAUGCAGGUUUUAUCAGAAACAAAUGUGUGAAUAACAGUGAGAACUGAUUUGGCACAUAACUGAAAUACUUUGUUGCCUUUUUUUCUGAAACCUGGCCUUUGUACCUCUUUUUCUCAGUCUUGUUCACACUAGAAUUGCUUAAGGUAGGUUUUUAUGUGGUUAAAUCAGGAAGGAGUUAAAAGCCAAUGGCUCUGGACACUCAGUGUCUGUAGUAUUUAAGGAAGUGUUUGUCCCUCUUCUUUAAAUCCUAAUUUCAUUUAUUUUCUCAACACUGUAAUAUUCAGUAAAUACCAUUUACCAGCUUUGCCAGAAGGUGCAGGCUUAAUAGAAACUGACAUCUCAGAACUCUUUGGUGAAGGCCAUAUACAUAUGGGUCUGGACAGUGUCUGUCUCUUUCUCUCUCAACAGUUUCUUCCAUUCCAGAAAGUUGUCUGCAGUAAUGUCAUAUAUGAUGCUGCAUCCACUUCUCAUAUCCUAACACAACUGCCAUGAGUUUUGCCUUUUGCACUAGCAGAACAUUUUGGGGUUUUCCUCCCUCUUCAACUUGAAAGUCUGUGAUGAUUUCUGAUAGCUUAAUGAUGAUGUUGUUGGAAAUGUGAUUCUAGCUUUAAAGCUCCCUUUCCUUGUACAUGGUUGUGUUUGCUUUCCUGAUGGAGUGUUUCUGGAUGACGUAGAGGACAGUUCUGCUGUGGAUGUGAGUGCGUGUGUGAGUACCUUUAAUAGCCUCUUUUGUAGAUAAAAACUUUUUAGUGACCAUCUCUGCGUUGCAGAAUGUUUCCCAAAACAUUUCAUAUUUGGAGUUGAAGUGAUUCAGAAAUUGCUUAGAUGUGUUUAGCACAUACUGCCUUGGCACAUAAGAAGGGAAAAAUAUAAUGGGCUGUGUAAGUUCCAAGAGCAGCACCUCCUCAUUAACAUUUGAGGGUUCAAGUGAAGUUCAUCUGUUUCCCCCAUUUCCUUCAAUAUAAAGAAGAAAGAAAAUCUUGAUGCAAAAAAAAAAAAAAAUAGUUUUAAAAUUUUUAUAAAGUUGUUUUUUUCUCUCAGCCUCGUUAGUUUAGUUCAAGGAUACUCAGCAUGCUCCCAGCAGUUGCUCUAUUGGUUUAUUCCAGUCCCAUGCGUGCUUAGGUGGGAUCAGAUGAACUGCUGACUUAUGUGCGUGUUAAACUGGGACAGGAAAGCACUGUCUGUCAGCUUUGAAAAUAUGCAUUUUUUAAAUUAAAAAAAGAAAAGGCAUUAUAACAAAAGAAGCCAAGCUACAAAGGGUUCAAGAUUGGGUAGUUUUGCCAGUUUUUAAAUGAAUUCUGAAAGUGGCUAAAGAGUUACCCUGUGUGUCUGUGUUGUGUAUGCCAGGUGGUAUAGUUGUAGGCAAUUGACUUAGCUGUAAGUGUGUUUUAAAAGUGUAAAAAAAUAAACAGAAAAACUCACUUGCACGGGCUGAAAAGUACAGAAAUGACACUUGUGAACGUAACACUGUAGUUUAUAGAUCUUAAGCUGCUAAUUGUUGAGAGAGAUUUACAUUUGUCUUGUCUGAUUGUCACAGAUUUAUCUGUGGCACUUUUACUGUAUAUAAAAAACUUUAAAUAAAGACCUCAGCUAUUAA